UUUGUCGCCCAGCUGCUGGGGUUCCUGAUCAGCGUGGUCAGCUCCAUCUUCUGCGGCCAUCUGGGGAAAGCUGAGCUGGAUGCUGUGACCCUGGCCGUGUCCGUUAUCAAUGUGACGGGCAUCUCCAUUGGUUCAGGUUUAGCCUCAGCAUGUGACACGCUGAUGUCCCAGACGUAUGGUGGCAAAAACCUGAAGCAGGUGGGCACCAUCCUGCAGCGAGCGAUCCUCAUCCUGCUGCUGUGCUGCUUCCCUUGCUGGGCGCUCUUCAUCAACACCGAGCGGAUCCUCCUGCUCAUCCGACAGGAUCCCGAGGUCUCCAGGUUAACUCAGGUCUACGUGAUGAUCUUUAUUCCAGCGCUUCCUGCGGCGUUCCUGUACCAGCUGCAGACAAGAUAUUUACUAAGUCAGGCGAUCAUUUUGCCUCAGGUGCUGACGGGGAUUGCAGCCAACAUCCUCAAUGUGGCCAUGAACGCCUUCUUCCUGUAUGCGCUGAAGCUGGGGAUGGUGGGCUCUGCCUGGGCUAACACAGUUUCUCAGUACACCCAAGCCAUUCUGCUCUUCCUCUAUGUGUGGUGGAAGAAGAUCCACGUGGAGACCUGGGGCGGUUGGACCAGGGACUGCCUCCUGGACUGGGGCUCCUUUAUCCGCCUGGCAGUGCCCGGCAUGCUCAUGAUGUGCAUUGAGUGGUGGACCUUUGAGAUUGGGAGCUUCUUGGCAGGACUGCUCAGUGUGGUGGAGCUGGGUGCACAGUCCGUCAUCUACGAGCUCUCCUCUGCGGCGUACAUGGUGCCUCUGGGCUUCAGCGUGGCUGCGAGCGUCAGAGUGGGCAAUGCCUUGGGAUCGGGAGAUGUGGUGCAGGCCAAGACCUCCUGCAUCACCGCGCUGCUGUGCACAGAAGUUUUUGCUGUGGUGGUUGCAACAUUACUGGGAACCCUGAAGGACAUCGUGGGAUACAUCUUCACCAAUGACAAGGAGAUCGUUUUCUUGGUGUCCAAAGUGAUGAUCAUCUUUGCUCCGUUCCACUUGUUUGAUGCAGCAGCAGCGACCUGUGGCGGUGUGCUGCGGGGCACUGGGAAGCAGAAGAUGGGUGCUAUCGCCAACGCCAUCGGCUAUUACGCCAUUGGUCUGCCCAUUGGCAUCUCGCUGAUGUUUGCCGCUGAGAUGGGGGUGUUAGGUCUGUGGGUGGGGAUGAUCGUUUGCAUCUCUUUGCAAGCCCUUUCCUUCUCUGCUUUUGUCAUGCGGAUGGACUGGAAAAAAGCUGCAGAAGAGGCUCAAGUCCGAGCUGGCCUGAAAAAACAAGUGGAAGACGUGAACUCCAAUGGCACAGCUGCUAACAAAACAUCUGCUGUGGAUUACAUCUCUGUUGACACGGACACCAUGGACACUGUGGUCCUGCCUGAGAGCAUGGUGGGAGGCGAGAGGCAGCCUGACCUUCAGCUCAUCACACAGGAGGAGCCUGCCAUCGUCCCUGCGCCUGCAGCUGUGGUGUGGAGGGCCCUGAUCAUCCGCCACGUCCUGGCUGCUGCUGCUGCCGUCGCAGUCCUGCUGGUGGGCAUACUGGUCCGGCUCCUGACCAGCAAUAGCUAG